AUGCCCCUGUGCCAGAUCUUUCCGGGUCUCAUCCACAAAGUGGACCUGAAGCAUGUUAUGGAUGCCGUUCAGCGCUUAGGGGCCAGUACCACGGGAGGCAAGGACAAUGCUUUGUACGUCAAAUCCAUGAUUCACUUCUCGGCGUCUUUGCCAACAGAGAUGAUGUUUCAUGCUUGCUGGGGUGCGGCUUUUGUGGAGUUGUCGAAGAGAAAGGCUUUUGCGCUGAUCAAGUAUGCGCAACAGCAUCUCUUGCAGAUGGAUUCCAAUGGUAGGUGGGUUGCUGCGUGCGCGGCUGGGAUCAACGUCUCUGUCCCUGGCCAUGGACCACACACGCUGCAGCAAUCCUUAGAGCGAUUCAAUUCGACGAUCAAAGGUACGAUGCCUGUGGGGUACCACUUGCUAUCGCUCAAAGAGAUGAUCGUCAAUUUGGAGCGGGUCAUUCGUGUCCACAUGAAGAAUAACCGACAAGUGUCCGAAUGCGAGAAGCAAGUGAUUUUCACGCCGAAUGACCCCGCAGUGCCACACCCUGGGCUGGUCUCGGCGGACUGGGUGCGGCCUGGUCGUGAUGAGCAGGAUGUGAAGCUGGUGUUGCCGCCUGUGUGGCGUUUCUUGGAGCACUUGCCGAGCAACUUCCAUGGAAGCGCGUUUGCUGGAGCGCUCCAGAUAUGGGAUGUGUUGCGCGUGUACACGUUUCCAGCAACACAGGCCGGCAUGAUCGUAGACGUGGACGCCCACGAGAAAAUGCUUUUGCUCUUCCAGGCAUCCACGCCUGAGGCCUUUACAGAGGCUGGGAAAAGGCUCAACCUUUUCAAGCAAGAGAAGGAGCUGGACAUGCUCUCGGUUCCUCGACUGCGAACCCUGCUGUCAGAGCUCGUUUUGUGCUUCAAGCUUCGGCGACCGUACUGCGGUUACAGCAUUUUGUGCACUUGUCCGUACUUCUGCACGCACGGAUCGUGCGCCCACCACUUGUUGUGCCGCUGGUUUGAGAAGGACGGAAAGGUUCAACUUGCAGAUAUUUCCGAGUUCGUGGCAAAAAAUGUCACUCCAACAAUUGCUGGAGCCGAAGCAGCGCUCCGCCAACGACUGCUUCCCAGGGGACCACUUCUCCGAGAGCUGCCUGCAAAGCAAGCUUGGUCUACGAUUGGCCUGCUGGUCAAGCAAGCCAAGGACAGGGCUCUAGCACGGAAACAGUUAGCAGACAAGAAGAAGCAGAAACUGGCUGCCAUGUGGGAUUCGCCGGGAGCUCGGGACGUCUUGGUGGCUGCGCAUGGCAGCCCAAAGGACACGCGUGAAGACAAGCUCAAGCGUGCGGUGGGCAAACUGGAGGGCAAAGACUUCGCGCAGCACAUGACGGCUGUCACUCAGAUGCUGGACUUGGAGAUGUCUUUCCAAGAAGCUAAAGAUCUCAACGUCUCAGGUGCCCUGCAGAAAAUUUUCAACGAUCCUCUCACACACCUGCCAGUGCGAGUCAUGGCCAAACAGCUGGUGGAUGCUUGGUCAGCGCAGAAGAAGCAGAUGCAGCAGACGUCUCCAAGUACUCCUCGCACCGGAACUGCUCGCCCAGGAGGAGCUUCGCCUUUGGCCGACGCAGCAGGGUCACCAGGAUCGAAUGGGCCAGCGCAG